AUGGUCAACGUUUGGAAAACGGAAAGCAUUUUGGCAGAAACUGGGUUUAGAACAACAACUUACACCCAAGAUAGUCCUGAGCGCUGUGUGAGAAAGAUGUAUAAGUUGGUGGUGAUGGGUGCCUGUUGUGUGGGCAAGACUGCACUGACCAUGCAGUUUACUGAGAAUCGUUUUGUGACCGAAUAUGACCCCACAAUGCAAGAUUCCUACCUUAUGCACUCAAUGGUGGACGAAGAGCCAUGCCAUCUGGACAUCGUGGAUACCACAGGCAAUGAACAGUUUUAUGCUCUGAGGAACCAGAAUGCUCGCUGGGGAGAGGGCUUCCUCUUGGUCUAUGCAGUGAAUGACCCCCACUCUUUUGAGAAUGUGAAUUUCUUUUGGCACUAUCUGCGGAGGCUCAAGGGCACUGACUGUGUACCCGUGGUGUUGGUGGCCAACAAAGUCGACUUGACCGACAGGCUGGUGAACCCCACACGGGGCCAGGAGGUGGCCAAGAGGUUAGGGGUCCCUUAUGUGGAGACAUCGGCCAAGACUGAGCAGGGUGUGGAGCAAGCCUUCCAUGAGCUGGUUCGUGAAAUUCGGAGGCUGCGAGCUGAGGAGGAGCUCAAGAUUCUCCCUAAUACUGAGCAGAGGGAGGCCUAUGACAAAGGCCGAUUCUCUGGGGAAUGGCUGUCCCAGAGCAGCCAGAAAUCCUCACAUCUCGACCACGGUGACUGUGAGGCCUCCGCUGCAAGGGAAGACCUAGGUCCAGGGGGCCUUGCAGGAGACACGGUUCUUUCGGUCGCUAUCUCGGAACUACCUUCGACAAGUGCUGGGACCCCAGACCUACCUGAGCCACUGCCACUGUUGGAGGUCUUCCUAUCUUCGAAUCCAGGUCUCCGGCUCCUGCAAAGUUGCCCCUCCUGCCAUCGAGUCGGUGCUGGCUCUUCUGCUAAGCGGCUGUCCGGACCAGGCCUCCUUCCUGGGGGCAAUGUGACCUUAGAGGCCUGUAAUCAAUCCCCCCUGAUGGGGAGUGACUGGUACUGA